UAAAAAAAGGGGGCUGAAAUGUGAUGUCCAUUGUAAUGGACACAGGGUCUGAAUGGGUUAAAUAAUAAAUAAGAGAUAUCUUGGCAAAAUAUCUGGUGUAGCUUCCAUAAUUCAACAAUAAUGGGGAAAGCAUGAUUUUCAAAUCUACAGCCACUAGUUGUAUUGAUUGUAUUGGAUGUAAACGCUAAUCAUGAACUGCUUUUCUUCAGCAUUCUUACCAACAUACUGGAUGUGCACCAGAACAUGGGCUACUGUCCUCAGUUUGAUGCCAUAGAUGAACUGCUGACGGGGAGGGAGCACCUGUACCUGUACGCGCGGCUUCGCGGGAUCCCUGAAUCUGAGAUUAGCAGAGUGGCAGAAUGGGGCGUUCAGAAGCUGGGUCUGUCUGAAUAUGCCGGAAACUGUGCUGGGACAUACAGCGGGGGCAACAAGAGGAAGCUGUCUACUGCUAUUGCUAUGAUUGGCUGUCCUCCUUUAGUGCUCCUGGAUGAGCCCACCACAGGAAUGGACCCUCACUCCCGUCGGUUCUUGUGGACCGCCAUUCUGAGUAUCAUCCGUGAUGGAAGGGCAGUCGUUUUGACGUCACACAGUAUGGAAGAAUGUGAAGCUCUUUGUACUCGUUUGGCCAUCAUGGUUAAUGGGACAUUUAAAUGUCUGGGCACAAUACAGCAUCUGAAAUACAAGUUUGGAGGUGGUUAUGUAGUAACGAUGAAGAUCAAAGCUGCAAAAGCAGGCCUGACUCCUGACCUGGGCCCGGCCGAGUCCUUCAUGGAAAGCAGCUUCCCGGGAUGUAUACAGCGAGAGAAACACUACAACACUUUACAAUAUGAAAUCGCCACCAGUUCACUGGCACGAAUCUUCCAGCUGGUGUUGACCAACAAAGAGAGAUUGAACAUUGAGGACUACUCUGUGUCUCAGACCACAUUAGACCAGGUGUUUGUGAGUUUUGCCAAGCAGCAGUCAGGAGAGGAAGAUACUGUCCCACCUCAUCUCAGAGCAUCAGGGCCAAGACGAGAGAAAAAGAUCUCACCACUACCAAGAGUAACGUCAAAAAACAGAUAGAAUGAACUCUGAUGCUUCAAAGGGACAGUGAUUAUGUGUUUAUAAAGUUCCCUAAAGCCUUUUAUAUAUGUAUUUAUACAUGCAAAACCAACUGCAUCUAUAUUAAGUUUAAAAAAAAAAUGACAGAUUUAAAUUAUAUUUGAUAUUUUUGAACAUCUGCCCUUAGAGCCAAAGGUCUAUCUCCACCCAAUGAAAGAAAACCUUCGUUGAUACAGUAAUGUUGAUGAAUUGAUGCAGGUCAGGUGAUGUAGAUGUAUAAAACUCUUGAAAAAUACUUCUAAGUUGUUGCCCAAAAAACUUGCUUUAGGUUCCCAUACAAUCUGAAACGUUCAUUAUUUAUACGUCUGUAAAUAUUAGUGUUGCAAUUUUCGUUGUUGUACAAAUCUUUCAAAUGCUGAAUGAAAGACCGUCUGCUACAGCAGUGCCUGUGUACGCACUCACCAAAACGCUUCAUUCUAAUAAAACUUUGAUAAUGUGUUAAUUUUGUACUGGUUAAACCAACAGUAUAAGCUUAAAUAAAUUUGAAAUCUGUAAUCUGAAACGUGUGCAAAUUUGCAAAAAAAAAGUGAUUUUUUUUUAUUGUUACUCAUUCUAGGGGUCAGCUGGCUGGCACUUUCUCUGAAACUCUUUACUUGGUUUGAGUUUUUUUAUGCAGUGAAUACACACAUCUACCAACCACCAAACCCUGACCUCAUGGCGUAGACCCGUGAAAAUCAGUGAGUAAAUGUGUCUGUUUUGAGGAAUAGAGUGUUUCAAUUGUAUUCAUCAGUACAUAUUUUAAGCAAAUAUAGUUUUAAUAUGCAAUAACACAAUGGUUUUCAAUAUUAAAAACUAUUCUGUCAGAUUGUUUUAACAUAUCGUGAAAAUACUGACAUGAAUCACUUAUUUCUGAGAAAUAAAAAUCUUCAGUAACAUUUUCUUUACUACGAAAACACUUUGAUACGUUCUGCAAAUUGUUUUAAUAGAAUACAAAAAUGAAUAACAAUAAAACAGGAUCAUACUGUA